UUUAUGUGCCAGCCCUGUAUUUGACCCGCGCUUUUGUUUACUGCUAAAAUAAAUUUAAAUUGACCAAGUUUGUUGUUUAAAAACUCAAAACCAAUUAAAAUUUAAAAAUAUAGAAAAUGUCUCUUUUCGGUGAGGAUGGGGUUGAAGAUCUCUUCAAUGCAAACGUUGACGAAAAUCGACUUCCCAGUGACGAUGAGCAGGAGAGAGCCGAUGGGGAAGGUGGCGAUAACGAUGACAUUAUGGGUGGCGAAAGUGGUCAAAGUGGCGAACCAAUUAAGCUUGAACACAAGAAACAACGAUCUGUACGAAAUCCCAGACCCAGACUAACAGUUGACACCCUUCAAGGACCUCGGGGCAUUCACACAAUCGAGGACUACUUCAAAGACAUGAAAUUCCAUGGCAAGGGUCAGGAACGCAAAGAUCUGAAUGAAGUUAUGCGACGAUUGCAACAUUGGGCACAUCGAAUGUAUCCCAGUUACAAGUUUGACGAUGUAGUUGCGACAAUUGAACGCCUGAGCAAGAAGAAACCUCUCCAGGUGCAUAUGAGCAAAUACCGACUUGGUAUGAUACAACCACAGAUAGUUCAUGAGAAUCAAGCUGAGAAUGAAGACGAAGAGGCACCGGAGGAUGAGCCAUUCGAUGAGUUCGAUGCUUUACUGGGUGAGCAGAUCGCCAUAUCGAAACUGGCUCCCAAGACACCCAGCCGUCCACAGAGUUCCAUGUCGGGUAGUUCGUUGACAACUCCAGCAUUCGGCAGAGGAGCCAACGUAAUGUCCACACCAUACUCGGGAGUCUUUAAUUUGGACGAAAGUGAUCUAGCACAACCACUGCCACAAAGCCAGACAUCGAUUUCCGAAAUCGAACCAACGCCAGAGCGAUCAGAAAAGCCAAAACUUUCAUCGGAACAGUUGGCGAGAAUUGCAGAGAAUCGAAGACUCGCCAUGGAAAGAUUAAAGACCAAAAAGGCUCAGGAAAGCUUCUAGAUUUAAGGUUUUUUUUUUAUAAAUUUUAUUAAUCUUUGUACAAAUGUCAAAAAUUCAUACUCUCAAUAAAUAUUCUUGUUGUCU